UCUGUAUUGUAUUUAAGAGAAUUUAAGACUCCAAGCCAGUAGGGUAACAUCGGAACAGAAAAUCUAGAAUGAAAAACUGUCAGCUUACGGCCAUCUUGAGCCUCUUUCUUCUUUAUACAUCUUUUGGAAAGAAAUAUCUGAUAAAAGUUGAAGAGGAUUCACUUGGACAAACUGGGAAUCAAACAGGCAAUGAUUAUUGGGAGCAAUUAAGUGGGUUUGGAGGACGUGGCGGAGGCAGGUUCAGUGGUCAAGAUAGUGGCAGGUUUGGAGGGUUUGGUGGAGGCCGCUUCGGAAGACGUGGUGGAGGUGGAUUUGGAGGACGAGAUGGAGGAUUCGAUGGAGGACUGGGUGGAGGAUUUGAUGGAGGACGAGGUGGAGGAUUUGAUGGAGGACGAGAUGGAGGACGAGAUGGAGGAUUUGAUGGAGGACGAGAUGGAGGAUUUGAUGGAGGACGGGUACCAAAUUUUGAUUUUGGAAGAAAAUAA